AUUCUUGGAAAAAAACAAUGAUCUCCUUUACAGACAUCUGAAAGAGGUGCUGUGCAGGUCCAAGAACAGCAUCCUGAGGGAAUGCUUCCUGGUGGCUGAGCUGGAAAACCGGAGGAGGCCACCCACGGUGGGGACUCAGUUUAAGAACAGUCUGAGCAGCCUUCUGGAAAUUCUCAUCUCGAAGGAACCCUCCUACAUCCGCUGCAUCAAGCCCAAUGAGAGGAAAGAACCCAGCAAAUUUGACGACUCCCUCAUAAGACAUCAGAUCAAGUACCUGGGGCUGAUGGAGCACCUGCGGGUGAGACGCGCCGGCUUCGCGUACCGGAGGAAACACGAGCACUUCUUGCAAAGGUACAAGUCCCUGUGCCCAGACACCUGGCCGCAUUGGCAUGGGCCUCCAGCAGAGGGCGUGGAACGGCUGAUCAAGUACAUUGGCUACAGACCGGAGGAGUACAAGCUAGGGAAAACCAAAAUAUUCAUUCGUUUUCCCAAAACCCUGUUUGCCACCGAAGAUGCCUUUGAAUUUAGUAAACAUCAAUUAGUUGCAAGAAUCCAAGCCACAUACAAAGGCUGCCUGGGAAGAAGAAAAUAUGUGAGGAAAAGACAAGCAGCCAUCAAAUUGGAAGCCCACUGGCGUGGAGCCCUGGCUCGGAAGGAGAUCCAAAGGAGAAAGUGGGCUGUGCAGGUGAUCAGAAAGUUCAUCAAAGGAUUCAUCAAUCGCAACAAACCUCUUUGUCCUGACAACGAGGAGUUUAUAGUGUUUGUGCGGAAGAAUUACGUCCUGAAUCUUCGGUAUCAUGUUCCAAAGAAUGUCUUGGACGGGAGCUGGCUGAGGCCUCCUGGCAUCCUGGAAAACGCCUCGGAUCUGCUCAGGAAGAUGUGCAUGAGGAACCUGGUUCGGAAGUACUGCCAAGGUGUCACAGCGGAGCAGAAAGCACUGAUGCAGCAAAAGGUGGUUACAAGUGAGAUAUUCAAGGGAAAGAAAGAAGGCUAUGCAGAAAGUUUAAAUCAGGCGUUUGCCAACAGUCGAAUAGAUGAAGGAGACAUUAACCCCAAAGUGCUUCAGCUAAUUAGCAAUGAGAAAAUCCAGUAUGGUACCCCAGUCAUUAAAUAUGACAGGAAAGGCUUCAAACCGCGGCAGCGACAACUCAUCCUUACUCAGAAAGCAGCUUACGUGGUAGAACUUGCCAAAAUCAAGCAGAAAAUAGAGUACUCAGCACUCAAAGGUGUCUCCACCAGCAGUCUGAGUGACGGAGUCUUGGUCAUUCAUGUUUUGCCAGAGGACAAUAAGCAAAAGGGGGAUACCAUUUUACAGUGUGAGCAUAUAUUUGAAGCAGUUACUAAGCUCGUCAUGCUAGUUAAGAAGGAGAACAUUGUGAAUGUUGUCCAAGAAAGUUUACAGUUUUAUAUUAGUCCCGGAAAAGAAGGUACAAUCGUUUUCAACACUGGACCAGAAGAACAAAUCUAUAAAGAUAAAAAUGGACAGUUAACAGUGGUGUCAGUACGGAGGAAGUCCUGAUAGAGGAUGGCACCUGACCUCUCCCAUCGCCAUUUUUGCUCCAACUGAGGAAAGAACUGGGGAAUCAGGGAUCUGAUGCAGUUAGCUACAUCUUCAAG